UUACUUUCUGAACUAUCUUUCAGGUAUGCUGUAGUGACUGGAGCAAACAAAGGGAUUGGUUUUGGGGUGUGUAAGAAGUUAGCUUCAAAUGGGGUUGUGGUUGUGCUAACAGCUAGAGAUGAAGAGAGAGGUUUGAAAGCAGUUGAAUCACUGAAAGAGUUUGGUCUCUCAGACCUUCUGGUUUUUCAUCAGCUUGAUGUGAAUGACCCUGCUAGUGUUGCUACCUUAGCUCAUUUCAUCAAAACCAAAUUUGGGAAACUUGAUAUCUUGGUGAAUAAUGCAGCUGUUACUGGGGGUAAAUUAUUAGAUGGUGACGCUUUACUUAGAAUGAGAAAUGGUGAAAAAGUUGAUUUGAGUGAAGUAGGGUAUGCAACUUAUGAGUUAGCUCAACAAUGUGUAGAAACAAACUUCUAUGGUGUGGAAAGGAUAACAGAAGCUCUUAUUCCCCUUCUACAGUUGUCUACUUCACCAAGAAUUAUCAAUAUUUCCUCAAGAGCAGGGUUCUUGAAGAACAUACCUAAUGAGUGGGCUAGAACAGUGUUCAGUGACAUUGAAAACCUUACAAGAGAAAAAAUAGAUAGGGUACUGAAAGAGUUUCAGAAAGAUUUGAAGGAGGGGUUCUUGGAAAUCAAGGGUUGGCCAACUUUUGCUCCUGCUUAUACAAUGUCAAAAGCAGCUUUGAAUGCUUACACAAGAAUUAUGGCCAAGAAAAUUCCACAUUUUCACAUAAACUCUGUGUGCCCUGGCUUUGUCAAGACUGAUAUGAACAACAACACUGGACAAUUGAGCAUUGAUGAAGGUUCUGAAACUCCUGUAAUGUUGGCACUGUUGCCAAAUAGUCUUCCUUCUGGUUGCUUCUUUUAUCAGGGUGAAGUAAUACCCUUUUGA